CGAGGAAUCGCAGAGCCAGCACGCGCCUGGAUCACAUGCAGACAAUCAGCAGUUGGUUUUUACUUAGGUAGUGGUGGUAGGGAGGUGGUAGUCGCUCUGACAAACAGCACACUACAAGCUAUAAACAUGGAGCCCCUGGAGGAAUACCACUCUCCGUUUGACUUUGAGCAAGGAGUCAACACCAGCUACCUCUACCUCUCCCCGGCCUACAGCGACACACCGCCCAGCUCGCCAGCUGUCAAAAGCAGAGGUUCCCAGCAGCAUCCGGACUCAGUCCCAGAGAUGGGGGAAGAUGCGGUGACGUCUGUGGGCCCUUCUUUGUCUCCCCCUGCCAUGACAGAGGAGGAGCGGCAGGAGCUACAAGAUGAGUUGGUCAAGGUUGAGGAUGAGAUCCUGACUCUGUCCCAAGUGCUGGCAGCCAAGGAGAAGCAGUUGGCGGACAUUAAGAGGAAGCUGGGCAUCACACCUCUCAAUGAGCUGAAACAGAACAUCACCAAAACCUGGCAGGAGGUCACCACCUCCACUGCCUAUAGGAGGACAUCUGAAACACUGUCUCAGGCCAGUCUGAAGGCCACAGCGGCGUUCUCCAACGUGGGCUCAGCUAUCAGCCGGAAGCUCGAGGAUGUCAGCAUUCGCUCAUUACAACACUCGGCUAGUAUGCCUGCCAUGAGGAAUGCUCCAACUUUCAAGUCAUUUGAGGAGAAAGUGGAGACUUUGAAGACCAAGAUGACUCCAUCUGUGUCCGGUAAUUCCGAUGACAAGGACAGCAGCAGUCUCACCACUCCUGAGUCUUUGCUCGAUCAGCCUGAAGACUCACCCCCCCAGGAGACGCCAAUGAACUGAGACCUGCCUAACUCCCUCCUGACCUCCCAGGGGCCCCUCCCUUGACCUUCUAACCCCUGGACCGUCAACACUCCCUCUAAACUCUUGUUUGCCAGUCUCCCUUUAUUGGAAACAAAUGACUUACCCCAGCCUUCCUUGUGAUCUAAUUGUCUGUUCUUUUUGUCUGACACGUGCGCUCACUUGUUAACCGGUGUGGAAACAGAAAGCGUGGGGUGGGUGCAGACAUGUGGUCUUGUGCUGAUGGUAUAGUUUUGAGUCCAUUCUGGCUCACUGUGGGAGAAAUCCUCCCUGCUGUAGGACUUUUCUUUUCUCCUUUUACUUUUCCUGCUGCACUCCUUUCUUCGCCUAUGCCUAACAGCAAAGCUCAGAUGCCAAACAUGCUCCUAGUUUAUUUUUUCUUUAUCAAAUUAACAACUUUUCACAUUUUACAAUUUGUUUGAGUGUAGAUAAUUGCACAAAUAUAGAAGGAUUUACACUUACAAAGUUGAUUAGAGUAAGACUUAUCCUCUUUUUAUGUGACCCAGGCAGGUGUUGGCUUAUUGCUUCUGCAUGGCUCUUAAUUUAUGUUGGAGUUGUUAUUAUUACAAUCACUUGUUUUGUCUGCCUCCAUUUGGAGGACAUUCUUUGUUUACUAUGGGUUGCCAUUUUUGGGCCAAUCUGAUUUCCGUUUUCUUCAUUAUAUACAUUUUAGAACACCACAAUCAGAAAGUAGUCUAACACUGUGUUAAGAAUAUGAAUGUAUGUAGGUACAACACUCUGUUUAAUUCAACCCACGGUACUGAGCUGCUGCUGUGUGUCAUGUCCAACCCCAAAGCUGGUAUUUCCAAACACACUUCAGAAUAAAAACCAUCCCCUUUUCCAUUGUUAAGAGUCUGUCAGACAAUGAUCUACACGCUUAGAUAGUUGCUGAAGAACGGCCAAGAUCAGCAUAACAGAGCAAACACGCAGGCAGGGUUCAGCCUUGACCCGAGGUGAGAGUGAAAUAAACGUCUCUUUCAGAGCCAGGGUCAAUAUUUGAACGCUUGUCCAUUGUUUCUGGGCUGGAGGUAACACCUAGCCUCCUUAUCUGAAAUACAGAUAAAAGCAAGGCAAGAGACGACACUGGAUGUUAUUUUAUACACUGAUACAGGAUAAUAAUGUAGAAGAGUAGGUUUACCUUAACUUUACUCUAAUGUGCAAUUUUCUUGUUUUAGCCAUGUGGCUCUGUGGGAAUUCUAAUAACUUUGUGUUUACUGCUAAUUAACAAAUGUUAGUAUGUGAACUGGCUAAGAUGGUACAUUCAACAUGGUAAACAUUGUCUGCUUACUAUCGUGUUAGCAUUUAGCUCAAAGCACCACAGUGCCUAAGUGCAGCCUCACAAAGCUGCUAGCAUGGCAGUAGUCUACUGAGUCUUUUUGUUUUGAGGAGUUUCUAGGAAAUAUCACAAAAUGAUCAAAGUCUGCUUUUUUUAUAGUCUCUGCAAACUGCAGGAUUAUAUACAGUGUUUUCUGAAAAUACUGCUUUCAUACAGACCAAACACCCUUUCUAAAUGAAGUUAAAUAUAUGAAUAUGGGUAGUGUCAGUGGUACAUUUUCAAUCACAGAACAAAUCUCUUGAGUUAGCUUUACAAUCCCAUUCUGCUUUAUGAUUAUAUCCUAGAAACUAUUAAACUACUGAACAAGUUACUCUCAUCUGACUAAUAUGCACAUAUCUACUGAUUGAGGUUGAAUAAAACUUGAAGGGCAAAUGGAGCCAUUCCGAACACAGCUAAGACUUCCACACACAUUUCUGACACUUCCAUGCUUUGGCAGUACCAGCCUGGUACAAGUCUGCUAGUGGACGACUGGCUAAACAUGAAUGUGAGUCAUUAGUAAUGGAUCAUGUCCUGGGAGAACACCACAUGAAAAUAGAGGGUUUUUUUCUGGUGUUAGGGUUGUUUUUUUUUAACCAACCAUGACACAACAGUAUUUCCUAUUCUGAGUUAACAUUAAUGGAUUUUUAACAGUACUCCUCAUUCAACAUCACUUUCCAGCCGUGAUCUAUUUCACUGAGAGAAGUCCUUACAGCCUUUCAUCUCAGACAUGAGGGUUUAUUUGUAUUUAGUCACACACAUAACACACACACUGGAUUUGUUUGUUCUUUAAUUGGAACCAUGGAGUGAAGAAAUGUACUCAAAUUAAAAAUACCUCUGAAAUAACCUUA